AGUCCAUAUGGGGAAAGAUAUCCCACUAUGGAUGGUGUGGCCCGACGUAAGAAUGUUACCCGAGAUUCCACUACCACUUUGAAGGCAUGGCUUAGUGAGCACAGGAAAAAUCCGUACCCAACUAAAGGAGAAAAGAUUAUGUUAGCUAUCAUUACAAAAAUGACUUUAACUCAAGUAUCGACGUGGUUUGCAAACGCCCGGCGCCGACUGAAAAAAGAGAAUAAGAUGACGUGGGAACCAAGGAAUAGAUGUGAUGAUAAUGACGACGAUAUUAUGUCUAGUGAUGAGGAAAACGAUACUAAAGUCGACAAUAUCUUUGAGAAACGAUUUACAUGA